UGCAGAAAUUCUUUCCCCUUUCUAUUGGUUCGCGGUCGGAAGUUGUCGAUCCAGCGGCGAGGUAUAAAUUGGUGGGGCAGGAGAUUUUGUCUAUUCAUUCCUCCAUCCACUUUGCCGUUUGUUUAACACUAAUCAAUCGACUACUGCAAGAUGUCUGGACGUGGUAAAGGAGGCAAGGCACGCUCCAAGGCAAAGAGCCGUUCAUCCCGAGCGGGUCUCCAGUUUCCGGUUGGCCGCGUCCAUCGCUUCUUGCGAAAGGGACACUACGCCGAGCGCGUUGGUGCCGGCGCUCCGGUGUACCUGGCGGCCGUGCUGGAGUACCUGACCGCCGAGAUCCUCGAGCUGGCUGGUAACGCUGCCCGCGACAACAAGAAGACCAGGAUCAUCCCCCGUCACCUUCAACUGGCCGUCCGCAACGACGAGGAGUUGAACAAGCUGAUGUCCGGCGUCACUAUUGCACAGGGCGGUGUUCUCCCCAACAUCCACUCCGUGCUUCUACCCAAGAAGACCGGCAAGGCCCAGUAGAUUCCAGACGGAGACCGAAAACCCCGGCCCUUUUCAGGGCCACCCACAUCCUUUCGAAAGACCUGUAUCAUAUUCGCAUAAAACUACACAUUACAUCUACACCAUCAUGCACUGCAUCUAAGUCAAUCGCAUUACAUGUCCCAUUUCAUGUUAGCUAACACAUUUACAGUCUUACAAGGUGGCACUUGCGCAAGAAAUGAGCACAAUGUCGCUACCUUCACCGUUCAAGUGGUCCGUUUAAUUCUAGCCGACAUCAUGACCUAGUGAUGCCAGCUGACCUAUCUGUACAAUUUGGGUAAUCGUAGAGAUGACCAUGUAAUGCUAGCUGACAUAUCUGUACAAUUUGGGUAAUCGUAGAGGAUGACCACG